AUGGAGAAGGUAGCGGAGCCGUCUUGGACUUCUUCGUACACCUACCAGGUGAGCAAGCACAGUGCGGAGAUGCUACACAACCUCAACGUUCAGAGGAAAGAUGGAGGCAGGUUCUGCGAUGUGGUCUUACGCGUCGGCGAGGAAAGCUUUCCCGCUCACAAAGCCGUGCUGGCGGCGUGCAGCGAGUAUUUCGAGUCGGUGUUCAGCCGCCAGACGGAGGGUGACAGCGACGCCAAGGAGCUGGAGAUGCACACCAUCAGCCCAAAAGUUUUUAAAGACGUUUUGGACUUCGCCUAUACGUCGAGGAUUGUGGUGCGGCUGGAGUGUUUCCCGGAGUUAAUGACAGCUGCCAAGUUUCUGCUCAUGCGGUCGGUUAUUGAGAUUUGUCAGGAGGUUAUCAAACAGUCCAAUGUGCAGAUACUCGUCCCGACAUCGAGAGGGGGAGACGCCAGCCUCUUCCAGGCCGCGGCCGCCACGGAGCUGGGCUUCCCGGUGGCACAGCAGGAUUUUGUCAACGGAACGGGGAUUCUGGUGAACGGUCAGGGCUUUUCGAGCGGCGCGGACGGGAGGGAAGACACCGCGGCCGUGUUGUUAGAGGACGGCGGCGAGGCGUCGGUGCCGAUGUUAGAGCCUGUGGAAGGUCUGCCCGUUUCCCCGACAACAGAGAUAUCGGGGAGCACGUUUCAACACGACGCUGGCUCCCCGGGGUCGAAGAGGAAUAGGGGGAGACCAAAGAAACCCGACGGGGUUGUGGAAACUGUAAACUUUAACAACAGCCAGCUGAAAGACAGCGUGUUGUUCCCGUGUAGCACAUGCGGCAAAGCUUUCACCGAGGCGUCUCGCUUGAAGAACCACGAAGCGCAACACGGAGCUAACCACAGCGGUGUACACAAUGCCGGUGACAGCCUGUCAUCAGCGGGGGGCAUGUCUUUGAUAUCGCAGCCCGGGCUGGUGGAGAACGGGGGGAUGACGCUGGAUAAUGGUCGGAAAAGGGAAAGGACACGGCGGCAUGUCGGCUGUGACAUUUGCGGUAAAGUUUUCCGCGAUGUUUACCACCUGAACAGACAUAAGCUGUCUCACUCCGGGGAGAAGCCAUAUGCAUGCCAUGUGUGUGGACUCCGGUUCAAACGCAAGGACAGGAUGUCAUACCAUGUGCGGUCCCAUGACGGGUCAGUGGGCAAACCUUAUGUUUGCCAAAGCUGUGGUAAAGGGUUUUCAAGGUAAGGUAUCCAUCACUAUGUCUGACAGCAUUUGACUAGUUGUUCAGUGAUGUAGAGCAACAUUUCUUACCAUUGAUACAAGCAGAUGUCAGAUUAGUUUUUUGAGAACUGAGCAGCCAGGUAUAAAUUGUCUAAAUUGAGAUGUCAAUCCACUCAAAAGAUGUAGACACACAGAGACUUUCAGUACACAACAAUGAUCUCAAAGUGAGACCAAAUCCAGUAAAAAUAAGUCUGGCAUUGUCACUACUUGCUCUUGUGAACUGACAUAAAUCAGCAAUCAAAGAACGGUGGAGUAUUACAGAAUAAGAAAUACUUUAAUAAUCCCCUGAAAUUGCUUUGUCAUAGUACUCAAGUGCAAAUACAGCAAAAGAGGAGAUACAUAAUAGAUAAGUAAAAUAAGUAAACAUAUAGAGAUAAUACACAAGUAUGAAAUAGUAUGCAUUUUAUCACUAAUUAAAAGAAAUAGUCUAUCUUUUUUUUCAAACCCCUACACUCCGAAAUGUGGUUUCUGUUUCCCUGGUGAGAAAAGUGCAGAGCUGGCAACAGUAUGGCUCAUCAUCUGUGUUCUUAAGCUUUUACCACACAAAACAGUUUCCCUAGAAGAGUGUUUUAAUACUCUAUAACAAUCUCAUCACCACCCCCUACUGUUGUGGGGGUUCAAAUACAUGCAGAUGUUGAGCAGAGACGAGAAUUAAGCGGUGAGCUGAAAAGAGUGAUAAUGCAGUGGAAUUAAGUUGGAGUUAAAGCAGCACAAACUUACCCAAAUUGAAGAGUUAACCCCCAGUUGACUGCACUGUUUCACUUGAUUAUGCAAACAUACCUGUGUUUAGUUGGUGUUAUUUUUAAUAUAUGCCUUUACACUUUCUUAAUUUAAUUUCAGAGGAAUACUGUCCAACAGAAACGUUUGAGUUGAUAAGUUGUCACAUGCAGAAUAAGAACACAGGAGAGGAAAUCAUACCACAACAGCAGUUUGCCAGGUUUUUCUAACAAACACAAAUUCUUCUUUGCGUUCUCUUUCCAGACCAGACCACCUGAAUGGGCAUAUCAAACAGGUUCACACAACAGAAAGACCCCACAAGUGCCAGGUAACACCUAGAAUCUACAGAUCUGACAUUGAGUGUUGUGAAAAGUCAAACCUCAUGAUAGUUUUAGAAAACGACAACAUAUUGAAAUGAGUGUUUUUGCUCUGUGUGUGUUUCAGAUAUGUAAUGCCUCAUUUGCUACAAGAGACCGCCUUCGAUCACACCUCGCCUGCCACGAAGACAAAAUCCCCUGCAAAGUUUGUGGCAAAUUCCUGCGAGCUGCCUACAUGACUGACCAUCUCAAGAAACACAGUGAAGGAACACACAACUACUGCGGUAUUUGCAACAAAGGUAAUACUUCAAAGUACCUCUACAAACAAACAAACUGCUCUGAGAAAAAUUUUUGUUUUGUGUGCAGACAGAUAUCCAGCUGAUGCGGAGGUUAUGCACAUUCAGAGAAUCAGAGCUCGGUGUAAUGUGGUCUUGGCUCUUGGUUAGAUCUUCCUGGGUCCAUUUUUGCACUGGGAAUCUGUGUGUGGCACCCCUGCCGUGUCAGUGCAGUGAUCUCACUGAAAUGAUUGAGGGGGUUCUCUUUGUAUUUGUUUGUUUUUAUUAUUCUAUCAUAGGACCAUGUGCAAAAUGUGUCACAGUCUGAAGUAAGGUGGGCGAUUUCUUUCCUAAAACCCAAAUAUGAUGCCCAGUAAAAAAACAAUUGUCUUCUGCCCCCUGACAUUAACUGGAGUUUUUUCCAUGGGUUGGCUUUUCUCGCAGCAGCUUCUUCCUUCUGCUGCAUCCAUCACAGCCACUUAGCUGCCAAGUCUUCACACUCAUAGGCUGACAAGUAAUCAUGUUUUAUGAUCCCAUUGGUGAUAGUAAGACACACUUGUUGUGUUUUUGCCUGUUGAAAACUGACAGAGAAAAUAGACAACCUGGUCCCUAUAUGUUUUCUCUUGGUCUUGAACUUUGGACCGUUGACAUGAGCUUCUCAGCACUGCACAAUAAGUGACAUCAAUGAAAUGACCAAACCAAGAAGACAAUUAAUUCAGAACAUACAGAAAGCAGACUUCCUGCAGACACACUAAUGCACACCCUGUCCGCAUUAUGUCUUAUAAAUCAGAGGAUAUGUUUUUAUCAUUUGGUUUUCACUUGUACGAGCAAAGUUUAACAUUCUGGUACUGUGACAACACUAAUCUGGACUAGGAACGGAGUCUCUCAGGGACAGCUUGCAUUGAGACAUCCUUUCUGGCUUUGCCAUCUGGCUUCUGUUUUGCUCCACACACACCCAGAUGGCAUGUAACAGUGCACUGAUUUGGCUCUUAAGGACUACUCAUAUUUUUAAACUUUAUCUGUCACUUAAUGCUAAACGAAAGAGUCAGUCCAUGGUUUUUGAAGCGGUAGACUGGCCACACAAUUUGGCCAACAGUCUGCUGUCUUCUUUUGGACCUGACAGUUGGACUUCUGUCUUUUUAGUUAAUCUGUGCUUCAUCCAAAUUGGAAGUGAAAUCCAGUGAAAAAAAGACAAUAGAAUCUUAUAUCCACAAAUAUAACACAAACAAACAAUAUGAUGUUUGCAAAUACGUGACUAAAAUAAUGAAUCCACAGGCUUCAUGACAGAAUUCAUGAAACAAAUGAAUGAAAAACGAUGGAGGAUCUGAGUUUCAAUCCAAUCCAAUCCACUUUAUUUAUAUAGCACAUUCUAAAAAAUAUUCAAGUUUUCCAAAGUGCUGCCCAGUAAAAUUUAAAAGAACAAACACUACAGAAAACAAGGAAAUAAAUAAAAGCAGGUAAAAAAAUGAAAUAAAAGAAAUGAAAUAAAAACGCAAAAGCAUAAAAGUGAUAAAAGGACCAUAAAAAGACAUAAAGGACUGAGAUCACACAACUCUCAUGCUGAGCUAAAAGCCAAGGAAUAAAAAUUUGUUUUAAGACGUGAUUUAAAAGUAGAAAAAGUGGGGGGUGUUUUGAUCUUGAGUGGGAAUCAGUCCCACAAUUUUGGAGCCGCAGCCAAGAAAGCUCGGUCACCAGGGGGUUUCAAACGAGUUUUAGGGAUGACGAGUUGGAGCUGAUCAGCAGACCUCAAGGAGUUUGAGAGAAAGACAUCAGUGUAGGCAGUCUUACUUAAUUUCUAAUGCUGUUUUGGCUGAAAAUUCAAAUCAUGGAGGAACUUUCAGAAUGUAUCAGUCUUGGCACACCACUUGGACAAAACAGCACCUUUGAUUUCUUGGAUAGUCUUGAUCUGAUCCAUACAUGUGUAAGUCAUGAUUUCUCACAUAAAAUCCCACCCCUGUGAGUUAUUGACCAUAAAAUGUAGCACUCAUCAAAAUAUCUGGAAAUUGUUUUUUUGAAUGCAGCUUAACAACUCAACUGAUUCCCACCUAAGGAUUCAGACAUCACAAAUAGGUUUUUGGCAGCAGACAGUCUUACUUUUGGCAUUCUCGGUUUCUUUUGUAUAAAUUGAAGUUUGUUUUGAUUAGGUUAUAACUGCUCAUGGAGGUUUUUCAGCCCAAUUGUGCCCCCACACAGAUGCACAGGGUGACAUGUAAAUUGCCAAACAAAGAUACAAAUACUGUAAUAAGGUCUUGGACAUGUUUUCCCUCGUCUAUUUCAGUUUAUUGGCAGCCAACAUGGAUUCAGCAUUUUGCUUUUUUUUAUGCUCAGUCCAGAGAGAUUAGAGCAGGUGUGAUAAAUUUUCUCAAACCCUUCAUAGCAUCUCUGUGUUUACUGUCACCUGUAAGCCUGUCAUCAUCUAAAAGGAAGCCCCCCCGUCCUCCUCAUAGUCAAGGCUUGGAGUGUGUCAAACAACUGCCUUGUUCUCUGUUCUUCUGGUCCCAGGUUUCUCCACUGCGUCCUACCUUAAGGUGCAUAUAAAGUCACACCAUGGCUCUCCUCUGCCCCCUUCUACCACAAUGCACACCUUCCCUGAGACAAGGGGGGAGCUGCAGAUGCACAACGGCAACCCUUACCACAUGGGACGCCAGUGCUCAGUGGAAGGCAAGCAGCCGCCCGCCCCAUCCCAAACUUUCAGUGUUUCUGGCUUGGAUGUGCUUUGCUGCUUCUUAAAGAAACAUGCUCCUGCAUCUUUGUGUAUGUUUGAAAACACAAGCAUACGUCAACCUCUGCUGCCAAGCUUUUCACUCAAACAUGCACUUUCAUGCAUUGGUUGUCUUUCUGAUGGUGACUGUCUGUUUGUCUUUAACUUUAAGAGGGGACAGUGUUUAGAGAAUCCUGCAGUCUUGAAGUGGAAAGGAAACAGCUCUUUAACUGCUACCACAGUUGUGUCGUUAACAGCAGCUUAAUCAGAAUAAUAAGGUCAGCUGUCGGGUUGGAAAUCUCAGUAUGUUCUCAGAAGUUUGUUUGACUCAUGUCAAACGUCAAGGCUGCAGAAACAGCUGGAGAAAUGUAUUUUUAAUAUAAGCUGUUUGCGUGUUUCACAAAUCAAUGGGCACAAAAACCAUGUUACAACGUACGUAAAUCACCUUUUCUGUAGUUCGUCUUGUCAGGAACCUGACACUAUGAACUCAUGUCCUGAACUAUUAAAAUGUUACCAAGAGUGAGAUGAAACUCUAUAAGACUGGAAGUUGUAAUUAUGAAUACUGCACGUACAUUUGACGCUCCUUCAUUGUCAAUAAUGGCUAAAAAGAGAGGGUUAGAUAUAGGGCGAUAAACCGAAAAUUUACCGAUACUGAACUUUACGACAACAACCAACAUUGUUUGGCCCAUGUCAAUAUAUUCGGUGUCAAAAAAUAAAUAAAAAGUUGGUUUUGGAUGUGUGUAGGUAGGCUAUGGUCUCAUGUCCCUUUAAGAUGCUGUCAUACAUCAGAGACGUGACUCCACCCCAUCCAGUCUGUGACAAAGAGGGAAAGACAUAUGAGGAGAUGGAGGACAGUUCAAAAGUUCUAGCGACGCAGUUAAUGUGGGAGGGGGUGAGCAGCUUGUGGAGUAGUUAUCAUCUAUUUAUCGUUAUCAAGGUGAACUGCUCAAUAUAUCGUGAUAUUGAUUUGAGGCCAUAUCCCCCAGCCCUAGUUAGAUAGGCUUGAGAGUUGCUGGUUCAUUUUCACGACCAUGUUAGAAGCUGGAGUGCUAUCUUUUACUUUCAUUUAUUUAUUUAUUUUUCCCAUUGGUGUGUGUUUGUGUGUUUGUCCAGCAUGGCCGUGGCAAACCGUUUCUGCUUGGCUGGUCCAUCAGCAGUUAUAUAACAAUGCACAGUGCUGCAUGAGUGUCUUAAUGUGUUCUCCAUUCGCCUGGGAAUCAUUGAAACUUUAAAAAGUUGUGCUUCUUUUAUGGGAGACGCAGUAACAUCGAGACAGUAGACAGUGAACUGUGAGCCACAAUGAUGCAAUGUCAAUAUUCAACACUUAGGAAUAGAUUAUCACAAAAAAAUAUAUAUAUAAGCCUCUUAAAUUUUUUUUCAUUGUUGGUACAGAAAAUAAUAAGUCAGCUGAUCGUUUUAUUGUCUUAGCAAGCUGAGGAAAAGUUUGCUGCUGCUGUUGAUUAAUGAGCUCUUGAAGUAAAUAUAGGAUUUUCACGAUGUCAUGUCACUUUACAUCAGGACUAAGCAACGACUGAUGUAAUAAUAUUAAGAUGAUCCAGAUUAGACAUGUUUUUAUGUGUACAGUUAUGGCAGUAUUACAGUGUUGAUGCGGUUUCUCAGUUUUCGCUGCCUGCUGUUUUUGCUGUUCCUGAAAUCAAACAUGAAUUUUUGUCAGAGGAAAAACAAAACUGGUUGUUCAGUCAGUCUGUGAUGAUUACUUCUUACAUUGCUGUUGGCAUAAGGGUAAUGGAAUUACAGGAGAUCUUAUCACAGUAGUAAAAAUGUUUUUAUGGACGACAAUUUGGAUUGAUAGCAGUUAUCAAAUGCUGCUGAGGAUGGCUUUAAAGGGAUAUUCCGGUGUAAAAUUAAGGUAGGGUCAAACAAACCAUAACACAGAGUUUGACACCCCGUCGAGAGAUGAAUAUUGUUGACUAAUUGCUUCUCUAGUUUUACCAACUUAAGAAACGACCGCGCAAUAGCAAUACACAGCAGUCUAUGGAGCCAUAAAAAGACCUCAACCAAAACGCCACUCUAUAGCCACAAAUAAUGCUCAGAACAGCACCGAACUUCAUCAACAGGACAUAUAGGGUCCUAGCCAUAGCACUAGCUACCAAACAUCUUUUUAACUUUGCCUAAUUUCUUUAGUAAAGAGACUAAACACAACUCACCUACUCUCUUCCAGCAGCCACUUGUUUGUAGCGAGCUCUCAGGCCAGUCCAUUUUGGUGAGUUGUGUUUAGUCUCUUUGCUAAAGAAAUUAGACAAAGUUAAAAAGAUGUUUGAUGGCUAGUGCUGUGGCUGGGACCCUAUAUGUACUGUUGAUGAAGUUAGGUGCUAUUUGUGGCUAUAGAGUGGCGUUUUGGUUGAGCGUGUGGCUCCUGAGCCCGCUGUAUAUUGCUAUCGUGUGGUCAUUACUAAAGUUGGUAUAACUAGAGAAGCAAGCGGUUGGCGACAUUAAGCUCUCGACGGGGUGUCUAACUCAGUGUUACGGUGUGUUUGACCCUAACUUAAUUUUACGACAUCCCUUCAAAUCAUACAUUGCUAGAAAGCUUUAAAACAAAAGAGAUGCUGUAAUCGUUUGUGUAAAGACUGAGUUGAAAUCUUACAUGGACAGUAUUCUGCAGGCACAGGUGAAGCAAACUCAAAUCGGUGAUGGCUGUCUGUUCUUUGAGGUGCAUCAGUGAUGUGAUAUAUGUUAGCAGAGCUAUCACAAAAUUACUUAAAUAACCUUUUCCACUGUGAAGAAAGACCCUGCUUGAGUGGUACAGCUUAUUUAACUUCACCUGGUAAUGCUAGCUUGUUAAUUAUAAUGAUGAUUUACGAGGAGUGAAAGGUGAAUUCGUUCAUCAGUGAUGGCUUGAGGGGUGGGAUUCACAUGGGGAUUCACUCACCAUAGAUCCAUUCAAACCUCUGUAGCAUUUACAGGCAGCAUUUGAAACACCAGUGAUGAAAUGAAGGUAACUCUGUCCGCAUGGUUUUCGCCGGCCUGUUAUGUCUGCCCCCCCCCUCCUUCCCUUCCCUUCCUUUUUCCCUGGCCGGGUGUUGUGUAGACCUGUGCGCCAGUCGCCAGCUGUUCCUCACCUCGCCUGAGGCAGAGGGUCGCUAUCAUGGACACCCAGCUCUUCCCCAGCCCGGCCCUCCAGCCUUGGGCCCGCAGCCUGAGCUGCUCAUGGGGAAGGCAGGUGGGGCUCCAUAUUUCUGGGAGGUUCGCUCUGGCGGGUUGCCUGGCUUCCCUGUCCAUGGGCCAGUCACAGGUUAGUACAGCCAAGCAGGAGUUGGGAGGGGGGCUCAGUGACAGCACAGGCAGUGUGUGCAGAGAGAAGGGUUCUCAGUGAAUACAAGGCAAAUGGACUAACAGAGAUCAUUUUUCAAUUUAUUCAUGUAUUUCCUCUGAGGGUGUCUGUUUUAAACUAUCAUGAAUGAUGAACCUGUUAAGUCCCGCCAUUUUUGUGCUUGUACUUGAGGCCCCUCCCCAGAGUUUUCAAUUAAAUUUCUGCGAGUGUUGUCCAGAGUUAUAUUUGAAAAAUAUUUUUUUAUUAAUGUGCCCGAAUUUCUACAUCCCUUUCCUUUUAUAUUCCCCCUUUUUCCCUCUUUCUCACUCCCUGUCCUCCUAUGUUUACCACAGAUGGACAGGAAAACAUCGGGAAAUGUCCUCACCUAGAAUCAGAAGAAUCAGAUCCUUCAUUUGGUGAGUUGCCAAAUGGUGACGAGCUUAAAUCUCCACACAAACCAGAUGGACCAGAGCUGGAGAUGCCCUCCUUAGCUUGUAACGGCUCCUCUGCGGGGGGCAUGGGGUCUCCUGAAGGAUCCAAAGCCAAGACAACAGACCCUGAGAAGAAGUUUAACUGUCCCAUCUGCGGCCAAGCCUUCCGCACCAAGUCCUACCUCAACAAGCACCAGCACAGAGUUCACAAAACCCAGAAGGCACAGGGGGCCUCUGGGUCGAGCUUGAACGAGCUGGCCCCCUCCCUGACCUCCCCCUUCUCCCCUCAACAAAACAUGUCUCUGCUUGAGUCCUUUGGCUUUCAGAUAGUCCAGUCUGCGUUUGCCUCUUCACUGGUAGAUGCUGAGGUGGGUCAGAGUGGACUCGACUUUGGAGGGAAGUGA